ACCUCUGGCGCCUGCUGGAGAGGCCCCUUCCUGACUUGCAGGGAUCGGCUGCCAUGUCCCACCGGAAGUUUUCUGCCCCUCGGCAUGGACACCUGGGCUUCCUGCCCCACAAGAGGAGCUGCCGGCACCGGGGCAAAGUGAAGACGUGGCCGCAAGACGACCCCAGCCGGCCAGUGCACCUCACCGCCUUCCUGGGCUACAAGGCAGGCAUGACCCACACCCUGCGUGAGGUGCACCGGCCGGGGCUGAAAAUUUCCAAGCGGGAAGAGGUAGAGGCAGUAACGAUUGUGGAGACACCACCCGUAGUGGUGGUGGGCGUGGUGGGCUAUGUGGCCACCCCUCGAGGCCUGCGGAGCUUCAAGACCAUCUUCGCAGAACACCUCAGCGAUGAGUGCCGCCGCCGCUUCUACAAGGACUGGCACAAGAGCAAGAAGAAAGCCUUCACCAAGGCCUGCAAGAGGUGGCGGGACACUGAUGGCAAGAAGCAGCUCCAAAAAGAUUUUGCUGCCAUGAAGAAGUAUUGCAAGGUCAUUCGGGUCAUUGUCCACAGCCAGAUGAAGCUGUUGCCCUUCCGGCAGAAGAAGGCCCACAUCAUGGAGAUCCAGCUGAACGGUGGUACAGUGGCAGAGAAGGUGGCCUGGGCCCAGGCCCAGCUGGAGAAGCAGGUGCCGGUGCAUAGUGUGUUCAGCCAGAGUGAGGUCAUUGAUGUCAUCGCUGUCACCAAGGGCCGGGGCAUCAAAGGGGUCACAAGCCGUUGGCAUACCAAGAAGCUGCCACGGAAGACCCACAAGGGGCUGCGCAAAGUGGCCUGCAUUGGUGCCUGGCACCCCGCCCGUGUGGGCUGCUCCAUCGCCCGGGCUGGGCAGAAGGGCUACCACCACCGCACGGAGCUCAACAAGAAGAUUUACCGCAUUGGCCGGGGGCUGCACAUGGAGGAUGGGAAGGUGGUCAAGAACAAUGCGUCCACCAGCUAUGAUGUGACCGACAAGUCCAUCACGCCGCUGGGCGGCUUCCCCCACUAUGGGGAAGUCAACAAUGACUUCGUCAUGCUGAAGGGUUGCAUUGCGGGUACCAAGAAGCGGGUCAUUACGCUGAGAAAGUCCCUCCGGGUGCACCACAGCCGCCAAGCCUUGGAGAAUAUUGAACUCAAAUUCAUCGACACCACCUCCAAGUUUGGCCAUGGCCGCUUCCAGACUGCCCAAGAGAAGAGGGUCUUCAUGGGCCCCCAGAAGAAGCAUUUCGGGAAGGAAAAGCCGGAGACCAUAGGAGACUUGUAGG